AUGAUAGAUGAUUUCAAGGAGGAACUACGUGCUAGGGACCCGAGAAGUGUUGUUGACAUUGAAUUUGAAAAAGAUGGGAAGUUCAAUGGUGUCUUAGCCGCUGCAACAACUAUAGAUAGUAACAACUCUAUUUUUCCGGUAGCCUAUGGUGUACUUGAAUCAGAGAAUACAAAAUCUUGGACAUGGUUUCUUGAGUUACUGAAAAGAGCAAUUGGGAUGCCAAAUGGUCUUGUUAUUUCAUCCGACAUGCAAAAAGGUUUAGAAGUAGCCAUUACACAAGUUUAUUCUAACAUUGAGCAUAGAGAAUGUAUAAGGCACUUAUAUAGCAACUUUAAGAGGCAUUUUCGUGACGACUUCUUCUACUUUAAGCUAUGGGGUGCUGCAAUAGCUUACUGUGUUAAUGACCAUGACAAAUUACUCGACGAAAUUGUUGUUGUACGUAAAGAGGCGAUCACAUAUCUCAUUGAUAACCAUAAUAAGAUAUGGAGUCGAUGCAAGUUUGGCACAACGUCUAAAUGUGAUUACAUAACUAAUAAUAUCUCUGAAUCAUUUAAUUCUUGGGUAGGUGAUUUGCGCUAUCGCCCGGUUCUUGAUCUCCUUGAUGCAAUUCGGGAAAAGCUUAUGAAACGCUUUGAUAAGAAAAUGAGAAAUAACUUAGGUGAAUAUGCAGUCAGUAGAAGCAGUGACAAUCGAGCUGAAGUGACAUACAAAGGGAAACGAUGGAAUGUUAUACUAGAUGAGAAAAAAUGUUCUUGUCGAGUUUGUUAUAAGAAAGCAUAUGCACUCGAAAUUGUUACGAUUCCUACAAAAGAUCGGUGGGUGCAUAUAGAAGCACAAGAGAUGAUAUACCCACCUAGUAUCAAACGUCCGCCUGGACGACCAAGAAAGAACCAAAUUGUACUACAUGAUCAGCCAAAAAAAAGACAUAGAUGUCACAGGUGUAAUGAGUAUGGACAUCAUGCCAAAAAAUGCAAGAAUUCUGCAUCUCAAAGUUCUGAUCAAAGUCGCUCAUCCACCAAUAAAAGGAGAAGAAAUAAGAAUGUUGAGGCUUCCGGAGUAAAUUUUAAGAGCUAA